AUGACGGGAUGCAAGAUCUUAAUGUUCAUAGGUGGUUUGUUUUUCCUCGUGGGUGCGCUGUUGAAUGCUUUUGCCAUCAAUAUUGAAGUGCUUAUCAUAGGUCGUUUAUUGCUUGGUUUUGGUGUUGGAUAUUGUAAUCAGUCUAUACCUAUGUAUUUGUUUGAAAUGGCCCCAACAACAAUAAGAGGUGCACUCAAUAUUGGAUUUCAAAUGAUGAUCACAAUUGGCAUCUUAAUUGCAAACCUUAUCAACUAUGAGACUUCCAAACUAGAAUAUGGUUUUGAUAACAAUACUUCCCUUAUGUCUUUGGUUAUCAUUGGAGGUGUUAAUGUGGUUGCCACUUUUGUUUCCAUUUUCUCCGUGGACAAGUUUGGAAGAAGGAUGUUGUUCCUCGAAGGUGACAUUCAAAUACUUAUUUGUCAGCUUGUUGUUGGAACCAUGAUUGAUAUGAAGUUUGGAGUGAGUGGUGAAGACUCGUUUACCUAUGGAGAAGCUAGUCUCCUCUUAUUCUUCAUAUGUGCAUAUGUUGCAACAUAUGCAUGGUCUUGGGGUCCACUAGGGUGGUUGGUUCCUAGUGAAAUAUGUUCUUUUGAGGUUCGACCUUCUGGUCAAGGGACCAAUGUUGCUAUAAACAUGUUCUUCACCUUUGUUAUUGCUCAAAAUUUUCUAACCAUGCUUUGUCACUUGAAGUUUGACAUUUUCUUCUUCUUUGCUGGAUUUGUGUUCAUCAUGACCAUUUUUGUUGCCUUGUUCUGA